ACACAAUAAUAAGUAAAUUCAAAUAAGUAUGUUUGUUUUAGAGUAACCCACACCACAACCUAGGGAUGGCAAUAGGGCGGGUUUACCUAAACCAACCUCAUCCCCAUUUCCAAAUAUCCAAACUCAUACCCGCCUCAUACCCAUGUAGUGGAAGGUCUUACAAACUCAUCCCCAUACCCGCGGUUUUCGGAUACCCAUGGGUAAUACUGCCCCAACAACUACUCACCAUUAAUAAAAGAAUAUGGUGACAAAUAUGAAUACUACCCACCCAAAAUUAUGGAACUAAUACAUAAGAGGGUGAAAUUACGGUUUGAUUGCCAUCAAUUACAUUUUAACAAUUUCUUUUUUUCUUUUAAUUACCCUUACAAUAUACUCCUUAUAUUUUAUGUAUAUAACAUAAUAUUCUUGGUGGUGCGGGUUUGGGUAUGGGUAUGGGGCGGGAGAGUCAAAACCCAUACCAGCCAGAUCUUUAAUUCUGGUCCAUGAAAUUAUUAAUAAACACGCCCCAAAUCCAAAUAUCCAAAUUGGUUUUUGUUUACCAUAAUUAACUAUUUCAACAAAAAAAUUCAUUAUGAAAUUGAAAAGAUGAAAGUCUUAAAAAAAAAAAAAUUGAGAGUUCAAACAGGAUCCUCACCACCAACAAUCACAGAGUAUUGGCCGGACUUAAUUGUACGAGAAGACGUAUGUCUCAUAUGCUUCAGUUAAAAUAUUAAACAGAAACACCGGCCUAUGUGAAUAUUACUCUUCUUCCGUCCGGCCACUGAAAAUCACACUGAAAGAGACGAUCUGAAUCCUUGGUAAAUCACGCUAAAGAGAAUCCUAAUAAUGUCCAUAUCGUCCACAUACAUCCAGCCCGCAUUUGAGCUGUAGAUAGAUAGAUAGUUAAUUCAUCACAGCUCUCAAAAUUCUUUAUUCCGAUCCACAAUCCAAAACACCGCGACUUCGUCUAUGUACGCACUUUUUUAUAUACCCGGAGACAACCUGUUCGAAAUCAAACAUUUAACACCGUAAAAGUUUCCACCGCGAAGCGGUUAUGCCCGGGGUAAUUAUGAUUGCAUUGCUACUAAUUAUGUCGUUGAGGAGCUUGGGAGUGGUGGAAGGCUACGUAGGCACGGUGCUAGAUGUUCAGUGCAGCACGGCGGCGGGCGACGGGGAAGCGACGAGCCGGUCGAUCGCGGCCAUCACGGACAGUCUGGUGAGCGGGACGGAACCGGGGCCGCCGUCGGCGUAUCUGUGCGUGGGUCCGGGUCGCGGCGACCAGCUGCCGGAUGUUUGGGGCUGGGCGUCUUGCGCGGAGGGGAUUUCGAAGGAUGAAUGCUGUCACUGUCUUGGUGGCGCUCAGAUUGGGUUGUUGUAUUACUGCCCGGGUAAAGCUGGGGCGCAUAUGUACAGGCAGGAUUGUUCGUUGCAGUAUGACAGUUUUGCGAUCUGCACUCCUAAGUGAAUUACAGUACUGCAUGCAGCCAGCUAAGUAUCUAGAGGUCUGCCCCUGUCACAUGGUGAUGAUGAUAAAAAAAAUAAUCUAUGUUGUUAUCAAGAACCAGUUACUCCCAAUAAUUCGAGUUAUUGGAAGAAGUUCAAUAGUGGAUUAUAUACCACAACACUAACUAGGGAUUCUUACUCGAUUUUGGAUGCUAGCUAGAUGAAUUAUAUAUAACUAGGAUGGAAGCCCGCGCUUCGCAGCGGGGAUAUUCAUUUGUUGUUGUGAAAUGAACCUUUUUUAUAAGUGAAUUAUAAACUGAAACUAAAUACUAAAAUAAUCUGUUACUCGAUCAGUACCCGACAAUCAAAAUUAAGGUAGAAUGAAGAAAAAAAACUUAAAGAUAGAAUGUUGAGUCACAGUUCGAUUAUUGUAGACCAAGAAAUAAAAAUCACCCCUCAUGUAUUUUGUUGUUGGAGUUUUUCCUCUCGUUUGUUCUUCCUUUUGGUUCAGUAGUCUUGCUUAGGGGUAUUCAAAUGGUUACCGUGAUAAUAACCAAACCAAUUAAGCCUAAAUUACAUUAAUCAUUGAAUAAAAUGUCUUAACCAAACCGUCCAAAUUAACAUGAAAACCAAAUUAACCAAACCAAAGUUUAAUUGGUUUGGUUAAUCGGAUAAUCGGAUUAACCAAAUAACAUAACAUUAAUCGGAUAAUCAGGGUCGUUUGGAAGUUGCGAUAGUUUUGUUGAGAUUGUCAUUAUGCAUGUAUUGUUUACAAUGCAUCAUUUUUUUUGUUUUUUUAGCAGAAAUAAUACAUUGAUUGUUUCUGUGAUGUGACAGAAACUAUCACUCAUUUUGAGUGAUUGUUAUAUCUCAACUUUUAGUUGUGAUUAUUGAGAUACUUGAGUUGAGAUUGUUUUGUCUCAACUUUUAGCUGAUGCGACAUACACAAUCACACAUACCAAACGUUGUAUUCUACAAUGCAUCAAAUUCAACAAUACACGUAUAAUUUUAUACUUGAAUUCUCAACAAUACAUCUAUUUAACAAUCGCAACUUCCAAACGACCCCGUAGGUUGGUUGCAUGGAAGUAUAAAUAGGGAAUCAUGAAAGUUUGGUUUGGUUGGUUGCAUGGAAGUAUAAAUAAUUUUGUAUUUUAGGUGCAUAAUUAAUUGGUUAAUUGGUUUAAUUGGGUAGCAGUGUUAAAACCGAACCAAACCAUCUAAACCAAAUAAGCUAAAUUGUUUAACCAAACCAAACCAAUUAUCCAAAUUAACCAAACCAAAUUAACCGAACGCUACCUGUUAAUAUGGUUACCACAGUAACCAAUCCGUUUGAACACCCCUAGUCUUGCUCUUACUGAGAAAGGAGGAGAUGGGCAGAUGGGAGAGAGAGGAACGAGAGAGAGAGAGAGAAGUGGUGGAAAGAGACCCAAAAUUCAUUCAUGUUCCCAAAACUGUCAAGGGUAAUACCGUCCUCGACCCAAAAUGCGUCAACACUAGAUUUAACUCGAUAAAGCGGGAUUUUGGGUUCAAUUGUCAUAGGAGGCGUGUUCAAUUUGGUUUCAGUCCCAAAGCGACCCAAAAUUUGUGAACACACAUGAAUUUCUCUGACCGAUUUGAUAAAGCGGGUCGAGUUUCUAACAUAAUUAAUCCACACGCGACCCAAUUUGUCGAUCACAAAAGAGGAUAAAAUGCGUUCUCUCCCCCAAAAUGCGAGAACGCUGGAUUUAUAAAAGCGGGGUGUGUUCUUAACAAAAUGCACACCAAACCAUGUUCGUUAUUUAUAAAAGCCGUUAAAAUGUAUUCUUGACCCAAAAUUCGGAGACAUCGACACUGGCUCGAAUUAGCUUGAACACACAUUGGUUUGGGUUCAAUUGUCAUAAGAAGAAAUAUUUAAAAGAUGGGUAAAAUUUAUUCCCGACUCAAAAUUCGACAACACCAAAACCGGGUCGAAUUAGGUUGAAUACACAUGAAUUUGAGUU